GCACAAGUUUGUUAUUGCUUGCAAUUGGUCAUAAAAAAAUACAAAUUCCGUUGGCCGUUUUGGUUUGCUCGGAAAAUGUGUGUGUGUGGUAUCUUAAAGUGUGUGUUUAUGGCAUCUGUGAAACCUUUACUCAUAAUAAAUUAGUUCUGUAAUACUUAACACCAAUUCUAGACUUAAGAGCUGACAGCUGACCGACGACCGCAAGCAACCACACGCACACGCGCAUUACAUACGUAUAUCGUUUAUUUUUUUAUUGUGAUUUACUUUUUUUGUUUUUGUAUUAAUGUAUGUAUGUACAUGUAAUCAGUAAAAUAUAAAAACACAGAGCCAGUAAAUAAACGAACAAACAAUGAUUAAACUCGAUACGACAAAUAAAAAUCAAUCGCCAAUCAUGCAACCGCUGCCCUAUUUCCAGGAUGAGGCACUUAAACCAGAUGUGGUUAAUGAUGCCGAUUUCAAGUCAAUACCCUUCAUUAACACCAAUGAAACGCUUGACUCAUUGGACAAUGCCAAUAGCUCGACAACGGCCCUGCGUUCCUUCCUCUUUCUAGAUGCCGAUGAGAAUCUACAGAUUGCCACACCGGAACUAUUUUGCAAGAAACUGCAGUGCCACAGUGAGGAUAAAAUAAAAGUGAUCUCAAUAUUUGGUAAUACGGGCGAUGGGAAAUCGCACACCAUGAAUCAAGUCUUCUUUGAUGGCGAACGAGUGUUCCGAACGUCGACAGAGCAAACAUCCUGCACAAUUGGCGUCUAUGCGGCAAUGCAGCGGGAACAGGGUGUUCUAUGCCUGGAUACGGAAGGGCUAUUGGGUACCACAGCUAAAAGCAAUAAACGUAUGCGAAUGUUACUGAAAAUACUCGCCAUUUCCGACAUUGUCAUCUAUCGGACACGCUCUGAGCGCCUUCACAGUGAUAUGUACGAAUUUCUGGGCACCGCCUCGAAAGCCUUUUGCCUGCACUUUACCCAAGCAUUGCAGGCCAUGGGCAAUGGCAGUACCCUUGGACCAGCUGUGAUUAUAUUUCAUGAGACGCACUAUACCAAACCACUGGAAAGUACUGUUGAGGAAAGUGCCGAGGACAAGUUGCGCAGCAGUUUUACUCGCCUGAAUUAUGAGACAAAUGCUUUUAGCUCGUUGCGUUAUGUGGGCAUACAAACGGAUGCGAAUAAGGCCACAAAUUUCCAAAAGAUCAAGGAUGCAUUGCGUCUGGAGAUUGAGAACACGGCGGUGCGUUCGCCACGUCAGCCGGCUGUGGUGUUUCGUGCCAUGAAGCUACUCAAUCAGAAGUUCGCCGGCGAGAUUAUCGAAAAGACCAUCAAUCCGUUUCCGGAGCAAUAUUUCACAUGCGGUGCACAUUGCGAGUCAUGCAGUCGUCGCUGCCAGCGCUCCAUGGGCCACGUGAGCGACGGUGAGCCGCACUUCAAUACACAACCGUGCAACUAUCAGCAUCAGUUCGAGAACAAGGAGUAUCUCUGCAAGGCAUGCUACAACAAUGGCAAGGAGAUUGUGGUUACUGUUCGCAGCCAAGCGCAUUCGGAUAGCGCCUGGUCGGGAUUGGCCAAAUAUGUAUGGAAGGGCGAUGUCAUUGAGUGCACCUAUUGUGGCGAAAUCUAUCGUACCCGUCAAUAUUGGUAUGGCAAUAAGUCCCCGGAGGCCUCUGUAGUGCGCGUUCAAGUUGUCCAUGUGUGGAAGGGCGGCAAUGCGGGAAUGCGCGGCAAUACCCAUUCGGCUCAAAUGAUGUUGGAUGGUGUGAGUUAUCUGAGCGAGGCCAUUACAAACAUAUCGGCACCAUCGGCCAAGGCCCUAAGUGGUUGGCUGGCAGACAAAGUGGCACCCAGCUAUUGGCGUCCCAAUCAGGAAAUUAUACUAUGCCAUGCUUGUAAGCGUAAUUUCGAAAAGACCGGAAUGCCCAAGCAUCAUUGUCGCGGAUGUGGCGAAGGUUUCUGUCACACCUGUAGCCAGAACAAGGUACCUGUCCCAGGGCGUGGUUGGCUACAACCGGUGCGCGUCUGCAACGAUUGUCAUCAGCAUUUGCAACGUAAAUCAGAUGCCACGCCUGACUCUCAAGAUCAAGCUGAAUUUAUUCAUUGCAAUUCCAAUCUGACUAUUGCACACACAGGCUCCAGGCCGACCAACGAAGACGGCGACAUAUUAGUACGUAAAUACGGUGAGACGAUCUACAAUACCAUCAGUACGGUGGCCUCAGUGGCCAUAGAUUAUCCCAAGGAAAUGAUCAAAGAUAGCGCACGGCCAUCAUAUUGGGUGCCAGAUGCCGAAUCGCCGGCCUGUUUCAUCUGCCAGGCUGUAUUUGGAAGCGUCGAGGAGUUGGCUCUGGCCCAUCAUGUGGGUCGAUUGCAUGUGCAACCGGGCAAGAAUAAAUCAAGCAAUUCCUCAUCCAAUCUAAAUGGCAGUGGCAGCUCCUUGACCCAAGGGAAUCCUGGAGACUGCCGACGCCACCAUUGCCGUCGCUGUGGCCAGGCGGUGUGCAGCAAUUGCUCAAAGACACGUAUGCCGGUGCCCGAACGUGGCUGGCAGACGGAUGUCCGCGUCUGUGAUUCAUGUGCCUGUGUUCCACAGGCCCUAACGCCAAACUCGCUGGAUGCAGCAGCACUGUCGGAUGCAAUCAACGGUGAGGGAUCCGCUCCAGACCCAUUGCCGCCGCGGCUGACUCAAACUGAUAGUCGACGGAACAGCAAUAGCGACUACCACAACGGCAAUACAUAUUGGAAUGCCAGUGACGAUGCCAAGGCCAAGACCGAAUGAGACGCGGUGUAUUCGUGUAGCGGCAGUAGCACAACCACAACCACAACCAUCAACACCAGUAGCACCAGCAGCAAUGUCACCAUUUGGACCAAGUGCCUGGUCAGACGUCCUGCUGGCCAUAAUGGCGACCCUACUUCUGUGGCCAAGCAGUGAAUGCUACUGGAUGGAUCCUCCUCGGGAAUCGUUUAGAUUUGCUAAGUCGUCUUGCAUUAGAAAUCAUACCCAUACAUUGUGAUACUUUAUAUGUUCUACGUUCGUAUAAACAACAAAGAAUUCUUUGGAAUUUGUCAGCUUUUCUUGUACAUAAACACUUAACUAUGUAUAACCACAUUAAGAAUAAUAAUAUAAUUAGCCUCACCCCUGCCCCGUGUGAAUUUAUUAUUAUUUUCUUCUUUUUUUUUUCCUUGUGAACUUUCUUUUGUAUUAAAUUUGCUUAGUGUAAAAUGUUAAAUAAAUGAAUUCAAUAAACAAA